AUGUAUCAUCUCCUUUUAACAGUUGAUUAUAUUAGCAAAGGUCUAAUGCAUAGAGAUUUAAAACCAGAAAAAACUUUAUUUUAGAAGCCAUAAGAUUAUCAAAAAUUGAAAAGAGGAAAUUUUGAACUUCCAGUAAUUUAGAAUGAUAUUCCUUAUCUUUAUCUAAAUGGAGAAUUACAGAAAAUGUUAUUACAGAAAGUAAAGUAAGUUUUUAAUUAAAUUAAAAUUGCCGAUUUAGUUGAAAAAGAUAAAGAAUGAAGUAGAGAUUGUGAAAUCAUUGUUUGUGGAAUUAUAUUCCAUUAACAUUAAUUGGGGGGAUUUCUCUACUAAGGAACAUAAAAUUACUGAAACUUAAAGGAAUGUAAAAUAAAUUCAGAAGAUACUAAAUAAAAUGUUUUAUUUAUUGAAUUAAAAGAUUUUAGGUAAAAUUUAUUAAUACUAAAAGGUUUAAAACUGCUAAAGACUAAUCCUUAACAUUGA